ACAUGGAGCUCUAAACUACGCCAAAAACGAGAUAGAUGAUAACAAAUAAACAUGGCAAUUUCAUCUCCUCCUCCUCCCUCUAAAUCUCCUUCCUCUCCUCCUCCACCACCAACAGUAGUGCUCCAUCUUCAAUCUCCUCACAUCACUCCUAUUCAAGAGUGUGAAAGAGAAGAACAAUAUGAUGAAUUCAGUGAAGAGGGAAGCCAAACUACUACUAGCAAAGCAACACCAGCUAAUUUUAUAGACAAGAGAGCAACGCCAAAGCACCAUCCAACACCUCUCCGUGAAAAAAAUGGCAAGCCGGGCGCCAAGAAACGACAUGGUGAUAGCAAUGAUGGGUGUGGUGGUGGUGGUGGUGGUGGUGGUUCAAUUUCUUGUAACAAAUGCCGUCCACAUGCAAGAGAGAAGAUUUCGGUGGUUCCCUUGGACAAUAAUGGCUUAAACAAGCAUUCAUCUAUUGCAAGUCCUAAUGGGAUUUUCAAGUCCAUAUUUUCUUCAUUGACUAGAAAGAGUCCAAAAUCCACUGGUGAUGUGUCAAUAGCAAGAGAAGAGCAAUGGAAGAUUGCAAUAGCUGAGCUUUCUCACAAGUUGAUUCACGCAACAAGAAAGAGAGAUGAAGCACUUCUUGAAACUUCAAGGCUCAAGUACUCAAUGGCCGAACUUGAAAAGAAGCUUAACAAGCUAGAAAUUUAUUGCCAUAAUUUGAAGUCUGGACUUGAUGAAUGCAGCAACAACAACCCCCUUUAUCAGAUUGGAAAAGGUUACAAUAUUCACCAAUAUCAACAAAAUGGUCUUAUGGGGGUUAGUGAAAAAGUGAUAGAGCAAUUUUUGGUUUCAGUAUCAGAAGCUAGGUCCUCUGUUAGGCUAUUAAGCAGGUCACUUACCAUGCAACUAAGGCACAUGGGAGUAAAAGUUUACGAGAGGAUAUCUGUGUUGCUGCAACCUUACGAUAUAAAGAUCUCAUUCUCCAAGAAUCCGAAAGGUGUGCUCUUUUACCUCGAGGCCUUGUUGAACAAAACUUUCUUUGAAGAUUUUGAAUCUGUUGGGUUUCAAAAGACAUCUGUGAAUCAAAUAUUGAACCCAAUUGAUAGAUGUGAAGCAAACUACGCGUCAUUUAACGUGCUUAGAGAUUUGACAUGGGAGGAGGUAUUGAAUCAAGGGACAAGGCAUUUCAGUGAAGAGUUUAGCAAGUUUUGUGAUAGGAAAAUGAGUGAGAUUGUGGCUAUGUUGGGGUGGAAUAGAGCCUGGCCUGAGCCAUUGUUGCAGGCAUUCUUUGGUGCUUCUAAAAACAUAUGGUUGGUGCACCUUUUGGCCAAUUCCUUGCACCCUGGCUUUCCAGUCUUCAGGGUGGAUAAAGGGGUGAACUUCGACUCAAUUUACAUGGAGGAUAUGGAUGGAGACAGGGCAAGGAAGUUGGUCCCAACCAUGGUUCGGAUCAUGGUAGCACCUGGGUUCUAUGUUUAUGAUAACGUUGUCAAAUGCAAGGUCCUUUGCAGGUACUAUAAUCCUAGUGUUAAUAAUGAUAAGGGUUUAACCCCUUCUCAUUAGGGUUUGUUUGAUCCAAAUCUUGAAUAUUUUGAUUAGUUUGUACUAAUACUUUUGUUGUUAAUUGCAAUAUGCCAAUGUCAAUAUUUGAUUUUUUUUUUUUA